UGCAUGCACUUUUGAUUUGCCAACUUGCCUUCCUCUUCCUGAAACAUCAGCAAAUCUUAAUAGGUUCCUCCUUCCUCCUUCCCACUCACUGCUGCAUCAUGCGACUGCAGCCCACACAGAUGACUUUAUAUAGACUGUUCUUACAGGUUUUUCUUUAGAAUCGUCCUGGCCACUGCAGAUAUGAGGUCUGGAGGAUUCGGUUCGGUAUCGAGACCGGCCAUAACGUCCAUCGUUGUCAUUUUAUCGCACUAUUGUGUGCAUGUGUUAGCGCUCAAGUCGCAACUUUUGAAUAGGUAUGGCGGCGUUAUAGAUCUCAAUGCUCAGGACACCGUCAUCAACUAUGAAACACGCUAUUUUGACCAGAAGAUUGAUCACUUUGGUUUCCUGGAGGAUGGCACCUUUAAGCAGAGAUACCUGGUUAAUAAUGACCACUGGCAUCUGAAGGGAGGGCCUAUCCUGUUCUACACCGGCAACGAAGGAGAUAUUACCUGGUUCUGCAAUAACACUGGUUUCAUGUGGGACGUUGCAGAGGAACUGGGAGCCAUGUUGGUGUUUGCUGAACACCGCUACUAUGGAGAGUCCCUGCCGUUUGGACAAGACUCUUACAGUGACACCAAGCACCUGAACUACCUGACGUCAGAGCAGGCGCUAGCUGACUUCUCUGUGCUGAUCAGAGGACUGAAGAGGACGGUGCCUGGAGCUCAGCUCAGUCCUGUGAUCGCCAUCGGAGGGUCCUACGGAGGGAUGCUCUCUGCCUGGAUGAGAAUGAAAUACCCUAAUGUUGUUGUUGGAGCUCUGGCUGCCUCUGCUCCCAUAUGGCAGUUCCCUGACAUGGUUCCUUGUGGAGACUUCUAUAAGAUAGUCACCCAGGACUUCGCCAGGAGUGGACUGAACUGUGACGUUAACAUCAGGAGGUCCUGGAAGGCCAUCGACAACAUCACAGCAACCGAUGAUGGUCUUCAAUGGCUGUCCGGUGAGUUUAGCUUGUGCUCCCCUCUCAAGAAGACGGACUUGGAUGGUUUCAAGGCCUGGCUCCAAGAGACCUGGGUGAAUCUGGCCAUGGUUGACUAUCCCUACGAAGCUAAUUUCCUCCAGCCGCUCCCACGCUGGCCAAUACAGGUGGUGUGCAAGCAGCUUGGUUUUGACCCCAGCAGCGUGUCAGACUAUCAGUUGUUAGGGGGCGUCUCUGAAGCUGUUAGAAUCUACUACAACUACACAGGAAACGCUCCCUGUCUCAACACCUCCUCCACGGCUACAGGGAACCUGGGCUUCGUCGGCUGGUACUACCAGGCGUGUACAGAGAUGGUGAUGCCGCUUUGUACUGACGGGGUGCAGGACAUGUUUGAGCCCCAGGACUGGAACUUCCAGGCCUUUUCAGACGAGUGCCACGCCCUGUUUGGGGUGCGUCCACGGGCUGACUGGGCAGACACAGUCUACGGAGGACUGGACAUCGCUUCUCACAGCAACAUAAUCUUCAGUAACGGAGGACUGGACCCGUGGUCAAGUGGCGGGGUGACCCGAAACAUCUCGGACUCGGUGGUUGCCAUAGUGAUACCUGACGGAGCUCACCACCUGGACCUACGCUACAACAAUGAAUAUGACCCUCAAAGCGUCCUCUCAGCCCGCUCCCUGGAGGUGGAAUACUUCAAACUGUGGAUCACACAGGCCAGGAAAUCAAAUGCCAGGUUAUAUCACUCUGAACUACAACUCCCAGGUUAGAUCACUCUGAACUACAACUACCAAGCUAAAUCACUCUGAACUACAACUCCCAGGUUAGAUCACUCUGAACUACAACUACCAAGCUAAAUCACUCUGAACUACAACUACCAAGCUAAAUCACUCUGAACUACAACUACCAAGCUAAAUCACUCUGAACUACAACUCCCAGGUUAGAUCACUCUGAACUACAACUACCAAGCUAAAUCACUCUGAACUACAACUACCAAGCUAAAUCACUCUGAACUAUAACUACCAAGCUAAAUCACUCUGAACUACAACUCCCAGGUUAGAUCACUCUGAACUACAACUACCAGGCUAAAUCACUCUGGACUUAAACUGCCAAGCUAAAUCACUCUGAACUACAACUACCAGGCUAAAUCACUCUGAACUUAAACACCCAGGGUCGGCCUGAAAUAUCACCCUAUUCCCUAUGUAGUCCACUACUAUUAACCAUGACCCCUAGGAAAGUAGUGCGCUAGACGCAGCCACAGCCUACCUGAAGCUAAAGACCAUACCAUAUAGCAUGUGGCUUUGUUCCAAAACCAUCUCUAGCAUACUACUUAGAAGGGAGCAAUGUAUUGGACAUGUAUUCUAAGUGAUAUUGCUAGUGUGGACAUUGAAACUAAGCCUAUGUUUUGCGUCCCAAAAGGCACCCUAUUCCCUACAUAGUGCACUACUUUUUUACCUUAUGGGCCCUGUUCAAAAAGAGUGCACUCUGUAUGAAAUAGGGUGCCAUAUAAUGCAGACAUUCUCUACAACUGGAAUGUAUUGAUGUAUUUUCACUGGAAGAUUGUUUUGAGACGUGAUGAGCUUAAGGAAGAGCAAUGUUGAGUUAGUGAUUUCAAUGAUUGGUUAUAGUGUUCUCUGUUUCGUGCCAAAGUCUCUUUUUUUUUUACGGGUGUAUGCUUUUCAAUCAGUGUCAGAAAGGGCUAGACUAUCAAAUGAAAAACUAAAUAAAUAUCUUCUUAAUUUGAAAAUUAAAUACAUUUUCACAUAACACCAGAUUAGAUAAUUCAGUUACAGUAUUUAUUGUGUUGAAUUUGAAGUGUGAUAGCUUACACAUAUAUCAGAACAACAGUUGUGUUUAUUGGAUAAUUAGGACAGAAAAUAUUUAUUUAACAAUUCUCAGGAAAUAAGUAUGCUUUUUUUGUAAGUGUUUACAAUUCUUUGUAAUUGACAAUUUUGUUAAACUAGAAUUAGCAUUAGUCAGUUCUAAAAGUUUUUAAGUAAUUGAUAACAUUCACUUGUAGUUUUUACAGUUUUUAUACUACGGCAUAUGGUUGUAUUUGGUCCAGAAUUGACCCAUAUUUAACAACGACAGUAUAAGGGCUGGACCCAGCAGUGUAUCUCCAUGUUGUGUUACCAUGUUUCAUUGACUUUAAUGACUAUGGCUGUCAAGCAAUAUCCCUGUAAUGUCUUACUGCCUUUGCCAUGUGUUGUGGCCAGAUUAAAAGCCAUUUUACUUUGA